AUGGGAAAAGACGAUGAAGGCAAAUUAUCCCCUGUACAACAUUUAGUAGCAUCAGCAGAAGCAGGUGCAUUGACUGCAUUCAUGGCAAAUCCAUUAUGGGUUGUCAAGACACGCAUGUGCACAACCACCUACAAUACACCCAAUGCAUAUAAAGGACUCUUCGAUGGUCUUAGACGAUUGUAUAUAGAAGAAGGCAUCAAGGGUCUUUACCGAGGACUUGUGCCUGCUUUGUUUGGUACAUCCCAUGGUGCUAUUCAGUUUAUGGUCUAUGAAGAAAUGAAAAAGAAAAGAAACGAGAUUCGACAUAAAAAGGGUCUGACAUCAACAGACGAACUGAAUGCUCAACUCAGUCAAUCCGAGUAUUUAAUGAUGGCUGCUACUUCCAAAGUGACUGCGAUGAUAGCCACUUAUCCUUACCAAGUGAUCAAGAGUCGACUUCAGAACCUUUCUUCUAAAGAUGCUUAUACAGGUGUGAUAGAUUGUGGUAAAAAGAUGAUCAAGGCAGAAGGUUAUUUAGGGUUUUAUAAGGGAUUAGCACCCAGUAUUAUUCGUGUCUUACCUGGUACAUGUAUUACAUUUCUAGUGUAUGAGAACUUGACUCAGUAUUUCAAGAACCAUGCUUCUUAA